CGCUGAGGAAAGGAGCAGCGACUAGCAGCCCAGAGGCCGCCGAGCCAGCAACGCCUGAGCCAGUCGAGCUGCCGUCGCUGCGCCCCCAUGGCGGCCGCCAAGGACAGUCAUGAGGACCAUGAUACCUCCACAGAAUAUGCAGAUGAGGCCAACCAUGACCCCCAGUUCGAGCCAAUAGUUUCUCUUCCUGAGCAAGAAAUUAAAACACUGGAGGAAGAUGAAGAGGAGCUUUUUAAGAUGCGAGCAAAGCUGUUCCGGUUUGCAUCAGAGAAUGACCUCCCAGAGUGGAAGGAGCGAGGCACUGGAGAUGUCAAACUCCUGAAGCAUAAGGAGAAAGGGACUAUCCGCCUUCUCAUGAGGAGGGACAAGACCUUGAAGAUAUGUGCCAACCACUAUAUCACACCAAUGAUGGAACUGAAGCCAAAUGCUGGCAGUGACGGCGCCUGGGUCUGGAAUACCCAUGCCAACUUUGCUGCUGAGUGCCCCAAGCCUGAGCUGCUCGCCAUCCGCUUCCUAAAUGCUGAGAAUGCACAAAAGUUCAAAACAAAGUUUGAAAAAUGCAGGAAAGAGAUUGAAGAGAGAGAAAAGAAAGGACCAGGCAAAAAUGAUAAUGCUGAAAAGGUGGCUGAGAAGCUGGCCAGAGAUGAGGCUGAAGAGAAGUCUGAGGAGAAGCAAUGAAUCAUUCUCUGUCCAUUUUCUUUCUUUUUCUUUUUAAAAAUUUGCCCCACCUUU